AUGAUUCAUUUGGCGCUUGCUUGCGAAAAAUUGAGAGCUCAACAGAGGACAACUCAAAGAACUUUCUCUAUUGACUACGACAAUAAUCAAUUCCUAAAAGAUGGGAAGCCAUUCCGUUACAUUUCGGGCUCCGUUCAUUAUUUCCGGACUCACCCAGAUCAGUGGGAAGCUCGUAUACGGUCUGUAAGAGCUGCUGGAUUAAACGCUAUUGAAACAUACGACUUUACCGGGAUACGUAACUUCACUCAUUUCUUUGAUCUUGCUGCGAAGUAUGACUUGGUCGUUAUCGUCCGCCCAGGC